CGCCUCUCCCUCCCUCCACCAGCGGCAGACGCAGCAGCACCCGCAGGCAGCAGCAGCACCCUCGCGCGCGCCCAGCACCAGCCGCGCAGACCCGCACCCGCAUAUCCGGACCCCUGCCAGACGACGACAGCGCACCGGCGCACUCGUCAACGGGCCCGGCUCUCUGCCGUCUGGCAGCGUCGCGUCUCGUCGUCUCUCGCACUCCGCGUGCCCGUCCAUUCCUACACCUCUCGCCGGCGCACACUCUAGCCGCGUCUCUCUGCUGUUCGUGCCUCGCUUGACUUGGCGCAGGCGCAGGCGGUAGAGCCGUAGCAGCCCAUUGCCCGUCGUCCGGCGUCUUUGCGCGUUGCGACAUGGCCGACAUUGCCAUGCCUCCUCCGCCGCCGCCGCCGGCUGGCGGAGCAUCGCCAGGCGCGGAUGACGGCGAGAAUGGCUCGUCGCCGUCCAGCAGCACUGGCCACAGCGCCUCGACGGCGCGGCCGGCGCGCGGCGACGGUGCUCCUCCACGCAAGCAGAGCAAGCGCGCCUCGGCCGCUGCCGCUGUCAAGACAGAGCAGGCAACGGGCUCCGCGUCGGAUGCGCCGACGCCUGCCGGCCCGCCGUACAUCUGUCCGACGUGCAGCACGAGCUACUCGCGUCUCGAGUACCUGCGCAGACAUGAACGCCGACAUGCCGACAUCAGACCGUUCGUGUGCGAAUGCACCAAGAGCUUCUCGCGCAGCGACGUGCUCUCGCGUCACAAGCGGCAGUGUCCCGUGGCAUUGGGUCAAGCCGAGCCUGGCGACAUCGAAGUGAGCGCUCCUCCCAAGCCCGCAUCCAAGCCGCGCAAGUCGGGCGGCAGCUCUCGCAAGCGAGCCAGCGGCGCGCAGAACAAUGGCAAUGGCCACGCAGAGGGCAGACUCGGCAGUCCUUCUGGCUCGCGCGACAGCAUCACGCAGCGCUCGGCAACCGCGGCGAUGGCGCGGACCUCGCGCGAAAGCCAUAGCGGCGACGAGGGCGAGGUUGCGCCACGCGAGCCGCCAGCGCACUCGCACAUGCAGGCACAUAUGGACGGCAGCUCGGGCGCAGCACACGGCAGCAGCGCCGGCUACCCAUACGGCGGCGUCGGCCCAGCGGCCCUGAUGCCGCCUGUUCUCUUCGCACCGGCAGACAGUGUCGGAGGUAGCAGCGGCAGUGCUGGCGGGCCUGUUGGCUUUGGCGACGCACGCGGCCCGGCGCACGCAUACACCAGCGGCAUCGACGUCUCGGCUCCCCUGCACGCACAGGUGUCGGCGCUCAAUGCGUACGCCUCGCAGCAUGCGUACCCUGCCAGCCCCGAGUCGAGCGCCAGCUUGAACAGCACGACGUCGUCGCCGCGCUUCGCCGCACGCGACAUGUCCCGAGUCGGAUCGGGCAGCCGCUUCAGUCUGCGCAAGGGAACGUCGUCGCUGGAUCAGCUCGCGCGCGCUGCGGGCGGCAACAGCAAUGGCAGCGCACCGGCGUACGGCGCAGAGUUCUGGGAGGCGCUCGAUCUCUCGGCCAAGGCCGAGGCGGCGCGCAAUGCAGCAGCGGGCCACUCGGCGGCCUCGUCCGCCUCGUCAAGCCGCAGCAGAGCCUCAACAAACGGCGCCAGCGUGGGCAUGCCUGGCUUCGCGCCAAAUGCGCCGGGCCAGAACCCUGCGUUCUCCUACCCUGCACCCGGCGAGUAUGGCUCAGGCAGCUCUGCGGAUGGCCUGCGAGGCGGUGCAGCAGGCUACCCUAUGAGCGAUGACGGACAGCCUCCGCCGCCUGCGCCGGCGCCGGGAGGCAGCACACGAGGCGAGCCGCAGCGCUUCAGCAGCGUUACUGGCCCUCUGUCGCCGUUCAGCUCCAUCGCACUGACGAGCAGCAUGAGCCCGUAUCUGUCCGCCUUCUCAAAUGCGCGCGACACGCCGCUGGUCUCCUCGCCUAGUCGCGGACCUGGCACGCCUGGAGGCACCGGCAGCGCGAACGUCUUCGACUGGACGAUGCGGCCGCCGUCGAAGCCGGCCAGCCAAUCGGGUGCCACGGCCGCCGGCAGCCAGCGCCGCGGCAGCGGCAGUGCCCACGCGGCAGGCACCACAACGCCAUCCGGCAAGCGCAAGCGCGGCGACGACGACGAAGCGCGCACGGCGCCAAGCAGCCAGGAGGAGCCCUCAAGCAUGGACGUCGAUGCUGCACAGCUUCUCGAGACGCUGCGCUCGCUGCGCAACAACGGCGUCGCGCAUGCUGUGCCGGCAUCUGAGCCCGCAUCCUCAUCGUCGUCUGCCCCAGUCUCUUCGGCCGAGCUCCAGCGGGCGGCUGCAAGCCUCACGGCGGCGGCGGCGACCUCUCCGCCGGGCGCCGUCCUGACUGUCUCUGCGCCCGUCGAUGGUCCCACAGAGGCUUUCGCUCGAGAGACCUCGCCGGGACCGGAAGUGUUCCUGCUCAGGCUGCAAGGUGGGCAGCAGGAGUCCGCAGCGGGCACUCGUGGUGGCGCGCCGGGCUCAGAGAGCACGUCGAGCGGUGCCGGUCACGCUGCAGGCGCACCGCUCAGCAGCGUUCCCGCAUCGAACGGCGGCUUGAGCGUGUCGCAAGCUGUCGUUGCGCCGUCACCGGGCUCGCAGGCCCUCUGGGACAGCCUCGGGUUUGGCAACCCCGCUGCCACGCCGAUGAGCGCUGGCGGCAGCAGCCUCGGCUGGCUCAUGAGCCCGAGCAUCCAGCAGCUCAUCAACACGUUCGCCGUGGGCAUGCCUGGCGAAGGCGGCAGCUACUUCUCCGGCGCCACACUCGGCUCCGACAGCACCAGCGGCUCUAUGGCCCCUGCUAGCACAGCACCGCAGCAGGCUCUGCCGGCGUCGGAAGGACCCGCCGCGUCGCAGGCACAGCAGCAACAGCAGCAGCACCAGCAGCAUGCGCAGGGCCAGCAGACCAUAGCGCCGUCGAGCAUCACGCUGGAGCGCGCGUUCAGCGACGUCAAGAACCCGUUCUACAUCCCGCCGGACCUCUUCCGCGCCUGUUACGCCAUUCCGCACUGGACGCUCCCGCCGCUGACCCGGCUGAGCAUGCUGGCGCUGCACUCGCAGCAGAACCUGCUCAAGCACUUCCCGAUCCUGCACGAGCCGACGUUCCGGCUCGACACGACGCCAGGAUGUCUCGCUUUCGCCACGUGCAUGCUCGGCUGCCACGAGGCGGGACGCAAGUGGUGGGCGGGCGAAGAGGUGGUGCCGUACACGGGCGCCGGGCCGACGGCCAUCAUGAAUGUGCCGUCGUCGCCAGACCGCCUCACACGUGCAGCUGCUGCCGCGCCAGGCAAGACGCUCGUCGAUGAGGAAGACGGACAGGAGCUCGUCAAGCCCGUUGUGAUGCAGGAGAAGACGGACAUGCUCAUGCGCAACUUCGCCGGCAAGGCCAAGACGGAGAAGGACCGCAUCUCCGUCGUGCAGGCCCUCAUGCUCUUUCAGGGCAACAACUUCCUGGCGUCCGACGCCCGCACGCGCGCAGAGGCCGCUCGUGCGCACAGCAAGGUCAUUUCGCUGGCGCGCGACGCCGGCUUCUUCGACGUCAAGGCCUCGCACGCACAGCGCGACAUCGACUACAGCCCGGAGGACGUGCUGCGCACGACAAUCGGCGAGGCGCAGGGUCUGGCGUUUAGUUAUUCGUUCCUGCCGACGUACUUGCCGGGCUGCUCGGACGAGGAGAAGGUUUGGCGGCGCUGGAGCGAGCUGGCCAGCCGGCGGCGCACGGCCUUCCUCAUCAUGGUCAUGGACACGGUCGCCAGCCUGGAUGCCGGCACGCCGCUGCGCAUCGGCCUCGACGAGCUGGGCCACAUGCCGCUGCCGAGCCCCGACACCAUCUGGCGCGCGCCAUAUGCCGAGAAGUGGCGCGCCGAGCUGGAUGCGUACCGCGGCCCGACGUUCGACGAGAGCCUGUUCGACAUUCUCGCAGGAGACGGCGAGGCCGGCGUCAGCCCAGGCAAGACGCACCCGUCGAUCUUUGGCCCGCACGGCCCCUUUGCGCGCCUCGUCGUGGUUGUUGCUCUUCUGCGUGGCAUCCUGCAUCUCCUCGAGGGCCGGAGCGCCAAGGUGCCCACACCUUCGCCGCUCGAGCGGUGGAUGGAGGGUGCUGAGCAGCGCAGCGUAGCGAGCGGAGGCCGCGAUGGCCUUGAUGCUCAGGUCGAUGUCUUCAAGCGUGCCCUCGCGCGCUGGCGCAGCGCCUGGGACAGCGACGAGCUCUGCCUGGUUGCCUCUGGCCCGCUCGGACGCAAGAAGGCCGGGCAUGCGCCUCCCGGCUCACUACGGCCCAUCAGCGAGGGCAUCGUCUUCACCUCGCAGACGGCCUCGGGCGCCACGCCGCUGUGCGACGAUGCGCUGCCGUUCUACUGGCUGGCGCACGUGCUGCUCGGCCACGCCUCGUCGUCGAGCGUGCCGCUGCCGCGCCGCGCGCCCGGCGAGGCCGAGCAGGAGGGCUCGCACGACGCCGGCGAGCCGUCGCAGCAGCCGGGCGCGCCAGACUUCCGCUCCAUGCUGCGCUUCGCAAAGGCCUUCGUCAACCAGGGCGAAGGCUCGCCCAACACGUCGAGCGGCCUCGCUGCUGCGAGUGCCUUCAUCCCGAUCACGCCGUGAGCGCGUCUCGCUUCAUCUCUCUUCUGCGCGCUUGCGCCUAUUCCGAUUUCUCGCUCCUUGAACUCGUUGCCCUGCCCCUGCCGCGCUGCCAAUCUUGUACACCUCCUUCUUCCUGUGCCCCUCCUCACCCGAAAGCGCGGCGUUCCUCGCCGGCACCACACUGGUCGCCGCCGCACUGCCUGCCACCUCGUCUGCCUGGUGCACCGCAAAUGUAUUGAUUCGCAC